AAAAUAUCAGUAAAAGUAAAACAUUUUCCAAUUAUCAAAAACUUUGUAAAAGUAUGAAACAUCCUAAAGUAAAUAUGUACCUGUUGGAGAAAGCAAGGAAGGACGGAUGCAUUUCUGUUGGGCCCGAGUCUCUGGGAGCGGGGGGAGGAAGGGUGGUGUUGGAUUGUAAAAUUUAACAUAAGUAUUGAAAUACAUUCAAAUAAUAAAUAAAAUAUCACUUUGCAAAGCUAACUCAAAACAAUAUUGAUUACAUCAACAUUUAAUGAUAUAUCCAUAAUAAAUCUGUACCUUGUGGACUUCGGAGAGUUCUGGGGGAAAAAGGAGCUUGACUCUGUGGGGUCAGAGUCUCUGUUGGCGGGGGGGGGGGAAGAAGAGCAAGACCUGAUAAGUAACUCAAUACACAACACAAUUAUAACUUGUGCUGUUGUUUUUCCAAUGUGCCAAAAGUGCUGUUGUUUUUCCAAUGUGCCAAAAGUGCUGUUGUUUUUCCAAUGUGCCAAAAGUGCUGUUGUUUUUCCAAUGUGCCAAAAGUGCUGUUGUUUUUCCAAUGUGCCAAAAGUAAUGUUGUUUUUCCAAUGUGCCAAAAGUAAUGUUGUUUUUCCAAUGUGCCAAAAGUAAUGUGUUUUUCAAUGUGCCAAAAGUAAUGUGUUUUUCAAUGUGCCAAAAGUAAUGUGUAGGGGUGUAACGAUACAUCGAUACACAUCGAUUAAUCGAUAUAAUGCUCUACGAUAUAUUGGUAUCGAUGCUAAACGUAAACAUCGAUUUAUAUCGCCGUGUUUGACCUCGGACAUUAGACGCGACUUUAUUUUGAAAUCCAGUUCAUUGUUGCUUGCUUCCUCUUUCCGCGAGCAGGGCGCGGCAAGUUGUGUUGUGAGCAGAGCAGGCAGGUGAAAGGGGAGGCGCUAGCUAGUAAGCGGCUCCUGGCCUGGUGCUACAAUGGCUAGUGACGAGAACAUUUGCUCCCCCUUAGGCUUAAAAUCGUUCGUUUGGAGGCACUUCGGAUUUCAGAAAAAAGAUGGAUCAACGGACAAGAGGCGUGCUGUUUGCAAAUACUGCCAUGCGGUGAUAAAAUACUCUGGGAACACCACAAAUCUCGCCGCACAUCUAAAAAGAAAACACGACAUCUCUCCCUCAAGCAGCGGCCGCGAAAACAACACAGACACGACGCCCUCCGUGAGCACAUUUUUCCCCCAAAUGCUAAGUAAAAACUCUAAACGAGCUAAAUCCAUCACUGCUGCAAUUUCAUAUCAUAUCUGUAAAGACUUGAGACCGUUUAGUAGCGUGGAGGGUGAGGGAUUUUCCGAGUUAAUGAAUACGCUAGAGCCCAGAUAUACAAUACCAUCGAGACAGUACUUUAAUGUGUACCACGUCUAUAUACCCGUGUUAAAGCGGAGGUAUUACACGAACUAAAGGAAGCAGGACGGGUUGCUAUCACUGCAGAUGGAUGGACUUCUCGCUCAACUGAAGCCUACAUUAAGGUCACUUGCCACUACAUUGAUACAGCAUGGACGCUAAAAAACUACGUGCUUCAGACUUGCGUUUUAAGUGACUCUCACACAGGACCGAACCUAGCCUCUGUCCUAAACGAAGCAUGUGAAGAAUGGCACAUUGCAGAUAAAAACCCAGCUCUUGUAACUGACAAUGCCAGGAACAUGACCGUAGCAGGAAUAGAGGCGCAUCUGUCACCGCACAUAAAAUGUUUUGGACAUACUAUCAACUUGGCAACUCAAAAAGGACUCAAAUGCAAUGAUGCUGCCUGUCUUUUAGGUAGAGUACGCCGUGUUGUGAGUUUUUUUCACCGCAGCACGCUGGCCAAUGCUGUGUUAAAAGAGAAACAAAAACUACUUGAUCUCCCACCACACAAACUCAUCCAAGAUGUCAUCACACGUUGGAACAGCUCGUUUGAUAUGGUGGAGCGUUUUUUGGAGCAACAGGCUGCUGUGUGUGCUGCACAGCUUGAUCAAAAAAUCAAAGUCCAUGAAGAAUGAUUUACAAAUACUAAAUGAAGAUGACAUAUCCACAGCUGAAGAAAUUAUACAGUUACUGAGGCCUGUGAAAACUGCAACUACAAUAAUGUGUGAGGAGGCACAACCAACUAUCUCAGUCAUUGCUCCACUGAAAAGUAAAUUGAUUGAACAUUUCAGUUUCUGUGAGGAUGGCAUGCCACUGAUCAAAGAAAUGAAACAAACAAUGGCCAAAGAGCUCAAGCAUCGUUACACAGAUGUCCAAGAAGUAUUAAACACUGCAGCUGCCCUUGAUGCAAGAUUCAAGACCCUGCCCUUUCUGUGCAAAGAGGAGAGGGAUGCCACAUUCAAGAAUAUCAUAAAUGAGGCUGCACACUUGUGGGACCAAAAAGAAGACACACAGGCUCAUGAUGCCACUGCAAUGGAGGAAACUCACACAACACACCCAUCUGAAGAGGCAUGUGAUGAUGAGUUCCAUGCUUCAGAAUAUGUUCCUGUCUCAAAAAAAAACAAAGCAAUGGAGGAUCUGUUUGGGGACACAUACACUGCGAGCAGCAACUUCGUGAAAACAUCCAAGCAGCUGGCAGAGAUGGAAGUAAAUAGAUACAAAGAGACUGAAUUAUUAACACUCAAAGGUAAUCUGUUAGAAUGGUGGGGAAGUCAUGAAAUGGAGUUUCCCCUCCUUGCAAAUCUAGCCAAAACCUAUCUCUGUAUUCCUGCAACAAGCGUGCCCUCCGAGCGUGUAUUCAGCACUGCAGGUGACAUUGUCCGCUCAGAACGUAGUGUUUUGACACCUGAGCAUGUCGAUCACUUGAUUUUCUUGAAGAAGAACCUAACAAAGAACGCACUAUCAUAAAUCUCAAUGCACUAAGCAAACAUGUGACAAACUACUUUUGAUUUUUUACUACAUGUUGUAUUAUUGUCCAUAUUGAACAGUUCAAAGAGUAAACAGCGUGUAAUGUUAAAAUUCUAUAUAAAGAGUUAUAAAUUAAGUUAUUUUUGUUUCAUAGAAGAGUUAAAUGACAACAUACAUAUUUUAUCUAUGUAUAGUUCUCUGGUAUUGCAAAGGUUUUUUUUUGCAUUUGGGUGCUCAAAGUGUAAUGUUUACUACUUUCAUUAUAAAGAACUUGUUUUUGUUUUGUUCAGUAAUGCACUUUAUCAUAAAUUCCAAUGCACUGAGCAAACAUGUGACAAACUACUUUUGAUUUUUUACUACAUGUUGUAUUAUUGGCCAUAUUGAACAGUUCAAAGAGUAAAGAGUUGGAUGGUCAAGUUGUAAUGUUUACUACUUUCAUUAUAAAGAACUUGUUUUUGUUUUGUUCAGUAAUGCACUUUAUCAUAACUUUAUCAUAUCACUUUAUCUACUUUGUAUACUACUAAAUGUAAUUUCCUAAAUAAAGAGUUUGCAGUA